UCUCCCUCACCGCUCUGAUUUACCCGCACUCCAAUGUGCGGUUAUUUUUUAGAUCGCCGAGUUCACGAUGACCAUAACGUUGAUCCGGAAAUCCUGAAGGGGCUCUGUCUUUGAUCCCUUCUCCACUCCGAUACUUAUUGCAAUCUAUGGAUUCUAUGCCGGAAAUCAUCGAGAUAAGUUCUGAUGAGGAUGAAGGCGCCGGCGUCGGCUUAAGGGUUCCGGAGGAGACCAAGGUGCAGCCCGGCGGGAAGAGAAAGGGAAAAGAUGGCGGUGGCAACGACCUUAGGCCGGGAGGUUCACUUGAUGAGUCGGAUGACGACGACUGCUUGAUUCUUGAUGGGGUUCCGGAAAGUGUGGCGGUAGGCACGGAGUAUGUGGAACUCGGCGGUGAGAUGUUGGAUGAGAUGCUCAUUGUAGGAGAAAAGGGCCAGUUUGCCUGCAGGGAUUAUCCACACCCUCGCUAUCUAUGUGCUACAUUCUUGUUCAGCAUGACUCCACACAGAAAGCAUUGUGACAUGUGCCACUGCUAUGUUUGUGACUGCCCGGCUCCAUGCAUCUACUGGGCAAACCAUUGCAGUUCAACUCAUAAGGAACAGUCCUGGAGAGUUGAACGGCAAUUAUUCAGGAGAAGAAAGAGAGACCAACAGCUCUCACAUCGGCGUUUCGAUCUUAAACCCGCAUUUGCCAGCCUGAAUCGACCUGUUCCAAAAUUGGCACCAUCCUUUUCGUCCCCAAAUGCUAAAGCUGUACAACGUUUUCAUGUCAAAACUUCCGUAGCUCGCCCGAAUCCACUAGUUUCAAAGCCGUCGCCGUCGCCGCCCUUAUUGCCAAAUGAACCUAUACAACUUGCUCAGGCAACCAGAUGUAGGGAACCACCCCAUGUCUCUCAAGAAAUAGGUGCCUCCCGCCCGAAAGACAUACUAUGCGAGAUUUACAAGAAUUGUCCGACGGUUAUCUCUUGUCGCCGGAGAAUACCCCCACCUCUUCAACCUGCUGAACUAUCAGAUACCGAUCAAGAUGGCUGAAGUUAGAAAGUUGAACAUCAAUUUCUCCAUUGUAUGAGCCACUGCAUUAUCAGGAUUGAUAUCAGAGAAAUAACUACUCCAGAAGAUUUUGAUCAGUGCAGUCAAUAAUUGCUGCCGGAGAUGGCUCCAGCAAGCUUUUAAGCUGAUGUAAGAACCAUCUGUGGCUCAUCGCCUUUAUGGAAUCUGGACUACAAUCAAUCUAAUUCAGCUGAAAUCUCACUUAAAUUCUAUAUUUGUGGGCACUAGAUUUAUAAAAUGUUUAAGGCUUCGUUUGGGACGACUUUUUUAUUGCUUCUUAAAGCAGCUUUCUAGUAUAAAAAUUUUAAUUUAUGUAUUAAGAAGCUGCUUUAAGAAGCAGAAAAAAAACCGUCACAAACAAAGCCUAAAUCAACUGGAGAGUCGUUAUGAUUGUAAAGUGGUAGCUUUUCUCUGGUAGAUUAGGGUAUGUGUUAAGUGGCUCUUUGUGAAGCUUUUCAGUAGUUCAGAAGAUUGUAUAGUUUGUGUUGUUGUAAAAUUAUUAUCAAUCUUGAAAAUCUGGUUUUUGUUA